UUACCGUACCCUUUCCGAGUGAUUAGAUCUUGAAGAAACGAUUGCAAGGGAAAGCGAAUUGUACGCAGCAGGCAAAUCAAACGAAACGAUGUCGUGGCAAAAUUUUUAAAUAAAAAUAUUUUGUCAACGACAAAUAGAAACUUAACGUACUGCACUAAACCUGCGAUCGUACUGAAUAAUAUACAUUUGUAUUUUUCGACGAAAUUUCGUAAACUCGACGUUAAUAAGUAUCACUAAUUAGAACUAUGUUCUAGCGAGAAAGUUUACGUACAAUCAAUCCUUUCUGAUAAGGUACCAUUCUAAUCUAAUAAUUCAAAAAAAAAAGCAUCGUACAUGUCUUUUGAAAAUUUAUCAAAUUUUAUAAAUGAACUCAUUUUGAGCCCUCGAAUAAUUCAAUUAAAUUGACAAAAAAAGAAUUAGCGUGCCUAAUCGAAAUGUGAGUACGUAAAAAAAGACAACAACAUUUACAGAUUGUAAUUUUAUACUUCGAUAUAAAUUUAUAUUAAUACUUGUUGAUGAAACGAUGAUCGACAAGUUUAAAUGAUUCUACUUUUUAAGGAUAAAAUCGCACCCUUUUUAUAGGAAUCAUCAGUAUCGAGGAUCAAUCGCAUCUUAUAAUAUAGGAUUCAUCAGUGAAAUAAAGAGCGAAUUAAUCGCGUGCGAUUUGACGACUAUGAGAUAUUGUUCCUUUCAUCGUUAAUUUUUAUUGCUUGCGUUUAUUGGAAUAUAAAUUUCAUUGCAGAAGUAUUUGGUCAUUGAGGUGUUAAGAUCGGCUCAGAAUAAAUGUACAAUUCAUUUUCGAGCCGGUUAGUGCAGUAUACUUCUUGUUACUUUGUAUGUGACAUGUUGAAUGUCAUAGGAGGUAUAAUCGUUUAAACAACACAUGAUGGUAUGAAUUGUUGACCUUUUGUCUUAUCGAUUUUCUGUUAUCAAUUAAGUACUCUAGUAUCAGCUAAUUAUCAUUUAAAUGCGAGACAAACGAAGGAAAUUGAUGUAUUGUAUGUAUACGUUUAUGUAAAUUUUUAAUUUUGCAAAUGGCAUUUGAAAUUUUAAUUAAAAAAUUAGAAUAUAAUUUGAGGCACGAGGUAAAAGGUUGAGGGUAUUAGGGAUUAAUUUUUAUUAUUUUUUUUUUAUUUUUUAAUUCAGUAAAUAAAAUUCAUUGUACCAGUGACCUCCAUGGCAAUCAAUGUGUUAUUCGUCAUCGAUCAUUUUAAUCUAUCGAUAAGUGGGCAUCGCUUUCACCUAGCUGUAGAAUGUUAAUUAAUCUAUUAACCAAGGAUAACGAGUUAACUCGUGAAAAUCCUCCUCGGUUAACAGGCUAAAUUAUAUUAAUUAAUGUACGUUAAUUAACACUUUGACUGCCGUACAUUUCAUAGAAUCUAUGAUUCUCGCAAUUUUCCAUUCCCUUUUGUAUUCAACGAAUCAUUAUUGAUAGAAUUUUUAUUUUUAAAUUGUAAUUAGCGUUUGAUAGAGUGGAUAAAAUAAUGGCGUUAAAGUCAAAGUGUUAAUAUAAGUUAGUUAAUCAUAAAGCAUAGAAGAAUUGCCUGUUGAAAAAGCGCGCAACUUCGUCAAAAUUACGAGAAUAACGGAGAGCGAACGAACCGAAGGCACACGAGUUUUCUGUGAACACCGUGUGCCGGAUAUGCAUUUUUCCUGCAUAUCGUGAUCGUGACAAAGAACAAAUACGAGUAAAAAUACCUUCAAACGUACCGAGAAAGAACGAUUCCCUGGAAUCAUCUUGCAUUCGUUCACCAUAUCGACUGUGAAAAUGAUGAUGAAGCUAAUUGUGUACGCGAGAAUUGACGUUUACGUUGUUUCUUAACACUUUACCUACCGGAUGUCACUUAAGAAGCUUCUUAAUGCCACCAGUUGUUGACUGAAACCUGUGAUUAUUAUUAAUUUAUCCAUAACUCAUUAUCGAUUAAAAUAAUGAAAGUUAAAUGUACAAUAAUUAAGAAGAAAUUGAAAGUAAAGAUUACUCCUUUAAUUUAUAACUAAUAUUAAAUUAUAAUCGGUAGGUAAUGUGUUAAUACAUAUUACAAAUGAAUCUAUAUACAGGGUGCUCGUCUAGGAAUGGGCACACUUUGAGGGGGUGGUAGCUGAAAUGAUUCUAAACAAUUUUUCUAUUUACCAAAAUGUUCAUUAAGGCAUAGUUUUUAAAUUAUUAAUAAAAAACACCAAUUAGUCAAUGCGUACAUAGUGCGCAUGCGCAGGAGUGUUGGCUGCAAACCAACAUGGCGCGAGGCCCAGUUUGUUUGCAACUACGAUCGAGCGCGGUUCUCGUAGCCAACACUCCCGCGACUGAGCCUGCGCAUUACAUGCGCUCUGAUUUGUCGGUGUUUUUCGUUAGUAAUUUAAAAACGAAGCUGUAACGAGUGCUUUAGUGACGGAAGAAGUUAUCCCAGCUGAAUCAUCCCAGCUGCCACCUUAGGAUAUGUCCAUCCCUAGCUGAACACGCUGUGCAGAGAAAAGGGUGCAAUAAGUAAGGAAUGGGAAUUGACAGUAUGAGAGUCGGAGGAGGCCGAUGUCCUCCCCUCCUAGUCGGAGGACUUCUUGUCGCUUGUUUAAUGCUCAUUUGCAACUGGUGGACUCUAUCUUCUGAAAAUAUUGAAUUAGUUAGACAAAUUGAUGAAUUAAAUGAACAACUUAAAAUAAGUGCCGAAGAAAGAGAUCAAUGCGUUACUUUACGUGGGAAUUUAGAGCAAAGAUUUAAGCAUGCAGAGGGUGAAGUGGCUUCUCUGCAUGUACGCUUAGAACAGCAAGCAUAUUUAAAGAAAAAGAACGAUGAAUUGGAAUACUCUAAUAAUAUUUGUAAAGGUGAAUUGGAUUCUUUAAACAAGUUAGAUGCUACUAAAACUGCGACAUUAGAAACUUUAAGACUGGAGAAGGAUACUUUUAAUACAAAGUUAGAUGCAAAAAGGGAGGAGAACAAAAAAUUGCAGGAAGAAGUAGAGCAGUUGAAGAAUGAUCUUAAAUUUAAAUGCAAUAUAACUCUCCCAAGGAAAAGUACAAUCACUCCUCUGGCUACAAGACCAGUAAUUAACAAGUCUCAGUUGGGUCCUGUUCCGGAGUCAGCUGUAAGAAUAAGCUUAGCUGGUCAGCGUGGUUUGAAAUACCAUGGAAUUCCAAUUCUUCCAACAGAUCCGCCCGGCGCUGUGCGCCUAAGUCCUCGCUUCUCAGUUACAAUGUUGAAAGCUCAAACAAGUCCAAAAAUUUCAAAAAAUAAUACUUCCAACGAAGACACAGCACCAGUCAAUCCAGAAUUUGAAUAAGUCGAUCAAAAUGGAAGCAAUAAACAAGAGAAUACAGGAUUGACAGAUGCCAAUGUAAUAGAAAGCAGAAGAGAUCAACGAAUGAAAGCACAAGUCAGUGGAGACUGAUAA